AAAGAAGAAGAGUUAGUUAAAAAUUCAUACACAUUUCCUAGACUAGCUGAUUAAGUAUCAAAAUGUGAUUUAUUCAUUGUGAACAAAAUAAACAACUGAACUACCAAACCAAAUUUCAAAAUUUGAGCGCCGCACCAAAUGUCUUCCACGCGAUCAGAGCCGGUAGCCUCGUUCUAGUACUACAGCUGUCAUCAUCAUCAACCACAACAAAGUAGCAAAUUCACCGAUUUUUGGCAAAUUAUUGUUAUCUUUGAGAAAAUUGAUAAGGAAACACUUCUCUUGACAUCGGAAUACGUUCAACAUAGCGAACGGGUUAAAAUGCCCUCCAGAACCGGUCUGCUGACGGCUGUUCAUUUGGCCAACAUAGCCAAAACUCUAUCCGCUACACGGCCUUACGCGUUGAACACACUUUACCUACAGUUUCAUCCGCAAGUGGCCGCCAACGUAAGUUGUCCCCUGGCGCUUGGUCGAUUCGUGGCUAGCGUGUACCAAUCGUCCGUCACCUGGCUUGGUUCCGAAGUGGAUCUUCGCAUUGUGACCGGAUCGCUGCGAUCUACUGGUGCUAGUUUUGAAUCGUUUGCAAACCGUACACGACCUGCAACGGUAGAUUAUCUGUUCUACGAUUAUGCGCUAAGUUCUUCUAGUGCCAGUUGUGAAAAACGUCUCGUCGAGCGGUAUCCUGGCGUAAAGGUGGUGGAACUGGAUACGCUUGGUUUGGAUGACUUUAAACUUCCAGCUGACCUUGAUAACUCUUUGAAAACGUAUCGCAAUGUGGUGUUGGGCGGUACGUUUGAUCGGAUUCACGCCGGUCAUAAGGUGCUGCUCACGCAAGCGGUUCUGCUCGCGACGGAACGAGUCGUCGUGGGAGUUACAGACGGUGCUAUGAUAAAGAGCAAAAAGCUGCAUGAACUCAUAAUGCCAGCAACACAAAGGAUAAAGCACGUAACAGAGUUUUUGGAAGACAUUGAUCCAUUCCUAAGCUAUGAAGUUGUUCCCAUACUGGAUCCUUUUGGUCCUACCGCAACCGAUCCAAAUAUGGAUCUUAUUGUGGUUAGCACCGAAACGGCUCGAGGUGGCGCAAAAGUGAACGAACUACGCAAAAGCAACGCAUUAAAUCAGCUGGAAGUGUACACGAUCGAGCUGCUUGACGACGAAAGUACGAUCGAAGACAAAGAGGACAAAAUCAGUUCCAGCAACCAGCGGAUGGACCUGCUUGGAACGCGAUUACGACCACGAAAGCCUGCACCGGCCCACAUCCCUGCGAAACCUUACAUCAUCGGUAUGAUUGGCGGAAUCGCUGCUGGGAAAAGCAAAAUGCUUGAACGAUUCCAGGACUUUGGUGCAGGCAUCAUAGACUGUGAUAAGAUUGGCCAUCAGCUUUACGAACCGGGCGAAGAAUGCUAUCAACAGGUGGUGACCACAUUUGGACAAGAGAUUGUUCAUCCGGAUGGUACAAUCAAUCGCAAAGCGCUUGGUGCAAUUGUGUUUGCCGAUCAGAGCAAAUUGGACCAAUUGAAUGAGAUUAUGUGGAAGGCGAUUGCUAAGAGAGCGAACGAGCAAAUCCGUACACUUCACGAGCAGCAUGGCAAGGACGUGAUUGUGAUGGAAGCAGCAGUAAUGCUUCGUGCCGGAUGGCAGAAUAACUGCCAUGAGGUAUGGUCAUGCAUCGUUCCACGAGAGGAAGCCAUUCGAAGGUUGAUGGAACGGAAUCAGCUCGAGGAACAGGAUGCAAUACGACGCGUAGACAUGCAGCCAACAACUAAUGAAGAGAUGGUGCAACAUUCGGACAUUGUUUUCUGUACCUUGUGGAGUUACGAGUAUUCGCAACAACAAGCGGAGAAAGCGUGGACCAUUGUGCAACAGGAAUUGAAACUGAAGCUUUGAAUGCGCACGAAAUGAUAUUGAUGUAAGUUAUAAACCGACAGAACACAUUAGCGCUUUAAACUUUAUGGGAUAUCGGUAAUAAUUAUGUUUUACUUGUACAUGGGGGUUAAAGAUAGGUUGAAAAUAAAUGCAAUUUCAGUGAAUUCCACUA